AUGUAUGUGCUGCUGAAGAGGUCAGUGUUCGUGGGGUUUGUCCUGCUUGCUCUCGUCCCUGUGACCCAUGCUGCCUGCUGGCUUGCAAAAAUCGAACCAGGUGUGACUCAUUGUCAGGAUGUCAAAGAUAAAACGUGGCACCCGGUCGGAUCCAACUGGAAAAACAGUAACUGUGAUCAGUGUGAAUGCAGCCCCUUUGACCACUCUUGCUGUAAUGGAUGGCCAACAGGCACAUCUAAAGACUGCACCAUUAAAUAUGAUUAUGCAACUUGUACAUAUGAAAUAAUUAAUCAGAAGAUUCCAGGUGGUCCAUGCCCCGCUGUUGGAAAGUAA